AUGUCCGGACGUCAACCCGCACCACAUAUCCACAUCCAAGGCCGUAUCGGCAUGCAAUACCCAUCACAAACUCGAGACGUCCUGUUCGGCACCAUGGGUCUUCCUCCCCACUCCAACCCUCCUCGCCUCCCACAAGCAUCCAUCGACGCCGCACCCCCAACCGGUCGUCCCAUCGUCCGACAGGCACCUAGAGGUAUUCGAGGCCGAGGUCAACAAAUUGCCCGUCGGGUCGUCAAUGCUGUUCGACGAAAAAGUCACGCCUCAAAAGUCUCCGGUAAUGGUUCUGAUCAGGCUGAUAAUCACGCUCUGAUUCCAGCUCCCGCAUUCGUUCGACCAGUUCCUGGAAAGAUCAUGUACUUGGGAGCGGGUAUUUGGCAUUAUGCUGCUGAUGUAGCUGGCUGGCCGACUGAGGAUGAAAGUCGGGUUGAUGUUGGAUCGGUUAAGCUUUUAGGAAAGAAAGACACGUAUGUUGCUAAUAUUCAUGAAUUGACGGAAAGAUACGGUAACACUCAUGGUCUCUGA